AUGGCAAUCGCCAAGCGUUGUGCUGAUGCCGAGGAAGACCCUUGGAAUGCACACUCAAGCAUGAUGAAAUGGGCAUCCAGAAUCCUGCUCGCCAUAAUCUUUCUCAUCGUGCUAGGGGUUUCGACCAUCUGGCUUACCGUCCACCCGAGGCAGCUCGAGUACACUGUCACGGACGCCUUGGUCACUCAGUUCAACCUCACCGACAACGGCCUCGUCACCGCCAACUUCAGCAUCAAGAUGUCAACCAACAACAACAACCACCAGGUCUCGUUCACCUACGAGUACAUGGGGGUGGACGUGAAGAGCCACGACCAAAUCAUUGCGUCCGCCGACGGCCCGCAUCUAUUCCACAACAAGGACAACUUCACGGAGUUCCAGAUUAAUCCCAUCUCGAAAGAUAAGUUGCUACAGGGGCUCACGUCGAAGGACUUGAAGGACUUGAAAGAUCAGGGGCAGUCAGAGGACAUCAAGAUAGACGUGAUCAUCAACGCGCGCGUCAAGUUCAAGGCCCUGCAUUGGAAGCAGGACCACUGCAAGAUCCAGAUAUUCUGCGGCGAUGUGGUGGCCCACUUCAAAGGGAAUGAGACCUUCCAGCAGACCCCAUGCGACGUUGAACUUUGA